UAAAGAAGAAUACUUAAAAACCUUACUCGGGCACAAAGGCAAGCCGGUAGUGCUGAAUGAGAACGACGGAGGCUUGUAUUGAGAAGCAGUCGCAUCAGCAGCAGAGAGAAAUAAGUUACACUUAAUUCCAUUAUCUCUCGGAUAGCAACAUGGCCUUACAAUCAAACCACAACGCAGUUCUGCUGUUUGCCCUCCUCUGCUCUGCUCUGCUGUUCAGCCGGGUGUUCUGCGAAAACGAAGCCGAAGAAGAUGAGCAUUCGAAACAUUUGUACACGGCUGAGAUGUUCACUAACGCCAUCCAGACCAGCCCGCACUUCGUCAUGUUCUUUGCUCCUUGGUGUGGCCACUGUCAGAGGCUACAGGGAACAUGGAAUGAGAUGGGGGAUAAAUACAAUAAUAUGGAAAACCCCCCAGCCUAUGUCGUCAAGGUGGACUGCACUCAGCAUAUCUCCCUCUGCUCUGAGCAGGGAGUUCGUGGAUAUCCAACGCUAAAGCUGUUCAAGCCUGACCAGGAAGCAGUAAAGUACCAGGGCGCUCGUGACUUGCAGACACUUGAGAACUGGAUGCUGAAGACUCUGGAUGAGGAGCCUGCUCAGCCAGAAUCUGAACUUGAGCCACCCAAAGCUCCUGAACCAAAGCAGGGCAUGUAUGACCUCACAGCUUCUAACUUCAAGGCACAUGUUGAUCAAGGAUAUCACUUAAUUAAAUUCUUUGCCCCUUGGUGUGGACACUGCAAAGCCCUUGCCCCAACCUGGGAGCAGCUGGCUUCUGUCUUUGAGCACUCUGAAACAGUCAAAAUAGGCAAGGUUGACUGUACUCAACAUUACGAGAUUUGCUCAGAGAAUCAAGUGCGUGGAUAUCCCACUCUCUUAUGGUUUAAGAAUGGAGAAAAGGUUGAUCAGUACAGAGGGAAGAGGGACCUGGAUUCCCUGAAGGAGUUUGUGGACUCCCAGCUAAAGGUUGCCUCAGAAGCUGCUGAGGACACUUUAGACAAUGAGGUGCAACAGCCUGCUGAAGAAGCUGCAAAGGAGGAGCAGGAGGAGCAGGAGUCCACUGUCCUUACCCUGGGUGAAAGUAACUUUGAUGAGACAGUUGCCAAAGGUCUUACUUUUGUCAAGUUUUAUGCCCCAUGGUGUGGUCACUGUAAAAAUCUUGUCCCUACUUGGGAAGAUCUCUCUAAGAAGGAGUUCCCUGGCCUGACAGAUGUGAAGAUUGCCAAAGUGGACUGUACUGUCGAGCGGACACUCUGCAAUCGCUUCUCUGUCAGAGGCUACCCAACUCUACUGCUGUUCCGUGCUGGUCAGCAAGGUGAUGAACAUAAUGGAGGCAGAGAUCUUGAAAGUUUGCAUAGCUUUGUGAUGCGCCAGGCCAGAGAUGAACUGUAGCGCACAGUUGCCCCUUCCAGCUUUCUUUUACUACCAUCCUUUGCUUUCAGACCUUGAUUCUGUUACUGUUAACUUACUGAUAAGAUAUAGGGGAAGAUGUGGUUAUCUGGACUGAUCUUUCAAUCAUUUACGUGGGUGAGAGAUGGGACUAAUUUAAUAAGUGUGUUUUUAUUUUUCUUAAGCUUUCAUCAGCAAGUCCACAACUGCCUGUUCUUCUCAUAGCACCAAUGUAGUUUUAUUUCCUGGGUUCUUUUUUUAAUAUAAAUUGUCAUUCAGUUUUACUUGACUGAGGCUUAAAAGUGAAGGAAGAUAGUACACGACAGUGAAGUAGGGUUUUCUGCAUAUGAGCAUUUUGGGUUGUCUUUCCAGAACUGUUGAAUGAUUUGCUACAUUGUUGUGGCACUGUCUUACUUAUUUUAAAUACUAAAUCAUCAGUGUAGAUUCUGAACUCCUUUUUAUAUAUGCAGAUAGCUUUUGACACACCAUACGUGAUUUACUAUAUUUUAUUUCAUUUUUCUUGCAUGGAGUUAGAACAGACUUGUCUAGAAAAGGUUUUGGUUUGUUCAACAUGCAGGUAACCAGAUUUCACUGUAUCAUAUCAUUCAGUAUUAUCUCCUUAACAUGAGUAAGAUCACAACUAUGCAUUUUGUACUGUGAGCACUGGGCCUUGAUGACCCAGGAAGUAGCUUGUUAUAAACUUGAACUUUUUUAGUUGUUGAUUGGAUGGUACGGUUUAAUUUAUGUAGCUUCUAAUUAUUUUGCAUCUGGUGGGCCUUGGCUGUAAAGAGGUGGUACCUGUUUAGAAUAUGUUCUGUUCAUGAUAUGGAAUUUCACUGUCAUUGGCCAUCUGUGCUUGGAAAUACUGACAUUCAACCCUUCUGUUUUAAAAGGAUGCUUCUUGUGACCAGGGGUUUGGUGUGUGUAAACUUUAAUUAUUUUUAAAACUCACCAUUUUAACCACCAGAACUAUGAAGUUUGACACAUGACAAAUGCCUUAACCCUCAUCAGCAG